AUGGCUUCAUCGGCGAUUUCAACACCAAGCAGGUCAAGAAAACAAGUGAUUACAUUUGAUGACGAUGACGAUGAAGAAGAAGAUGACAACAAUGACGACGAAGAUGACAGCAAUAGCUCUCAAAAGAAACAAAAAGGCAAACCAUUUGGCAAAAAAGAUAAAAAAGAGAUUGAACAAAGAUAUUCAUUUUUGGUUGAUGUCAAAGAUGGAAAUGGUAAUAAAAAGGGAUCUCCAGACUAUGAUCCAAGAACUCUUCAAAUCCCUGCAAGUUGUUUAACUAAAUUUUCUCCAUUCGAAAGACAAUUUUGGGACAUCAAAUCCAAAUAUUAUGAUACAGUGGUAUUUUUUAAAAAGGGUAAAUUCUAUGAACUAUAUGAGAAUGACGCAGAUAUUGGCCAUCAAAUUUUACAUUUAAAAAUGACAGAUCGUGUAAAUAUGCGUAUGGUGGGCGUUCCAGAAUCUGCAUUUACUCAUUGGGCAUCAAAAUUAAUUAAUUUGGGUUAUAAAGUUGCUAAAGUCGAUCAAAUGGAAACUUCAAUUGGUAUGAAUAAAAGACAAAAUGAAAAAGGUGGCCGUAAUAAAAAAGACUCAAUUAUCCAACGUGAACUUACAUCAAUUCUUACAGCCGGUACUCUUUUGGAUGAAUCUAUGAUCUCCGAUAAAACAUCAACCUAUUUAAUGGCAAUUAAAGAAGACGAAUACAGUAACAAGUAUGGUGUAUGCUUUGUCGAUGUUUCAAUUGGCGAGUUUUUCCUUUGCUCUAUUGACGAUGACGAAAACCGUAUGCAGUUUGAAACCCUUUUACUUCAAAUGAUGCCAAAAGAAGUUGUAUAUGAAAAAGGUGCAAUUAGUGCUAAAACAAUGUCAAUCAUGAAAAGAGUAUUGGCCACAGUCAAACCAGUUAUGAAUGCCCGUUUAUCAUUGGAAUACUGGGAUCCAUCUGAAACUUUAAAUCGUGUCAACGAUUCAUGUGGUAGGAUUCCGGAAUCAUUGAAAGAAAUGAAGAAUGAAACACUUUUAAUAUGCUCAUUAGGUGGUUGCCUUAGUUAUUUAAGUGACAUUAAAAUAGCUCAACAGGUUUUAGAACAAGGUCGUUUCAAACGUUUCAAUUCAUUGGAUGUUGGAAACUCUUUAAUUUUAGAUGGUCAAUGCUUAGUAAAUUUAGAAAUCUUUAAUAACUCUACCGAUGGUACCACCGAGGGUACACUUUUCAAACUAAUGGAUAGAUGUGUUACUUCGUUUGGCAAACGUUUAUUUAGACAAUGGAUUUGUAGACCAUUAGCUAAUAAAGAGCGUAUUGUAGAUAGACAAAGAGCAAUAGAACAUCUUAGAGAUAACCCAGAUCAUCUCCAAAAAGUUAUUUCAAUUCUCACAAAAAUACCAGACCUUGAAAGAAUGCUUGCAAGAAUUCGUGCAGGUUCAUCAAAGAUCGCAGAUUUAAUUUCAGUUUUAAAUCACUUUGAAGCAAUUCAUAGCAAAUUGGAAGAGUUUGAAAAAAAAAUGGAAGAUUUCGAACAAGAACAAAUCAAUGGUAAUUAUUCAGGCUAUCCUAAUUUAUUGAGAUAUAUUACAACCAUCAAAGAAAGUUUUAAGGUCGAGCAAGAUAAAAUAAUUCCAUCAAAAGGUCUUUUCAAAGAGUUUGAUGAAUGUCAAAAGAAAAUUCAACAAAUAGAACAAUCAUUAGAAGAACAUCUAACAGAACAAAAAACAUAUUUUUCAUGUCGUAAUAUUGAAUUUAAACAUAUGGGUAAAGAAAUUUAUCAAAUCGAAGUGCCAGUAUCCGCCUUAAAUCGUGCCAAACUUCCAAAAAAUUACCAACUAAAAUCAAAGACCAAAGCUGCCUGUAGAUAUCAUACCCCAUUCAUUAUCGAAACACUACCAAGUCUUUUAGAAGAGCGUGACGAGCUUGAAGUGCUAUCAAAAGAAGUGUCAAAGAAAAUCCAAGCAAACUUUAGUGUUUAUUUUAAUCAUUUCUCAAAAGCUGUUCAAAGAUUAGCACAAUUGGAUUGUUUAUUAUCAUUAUUUAAAGUUAGUUGCCAAUCAGGAAUUCAAAUGUGUCGUCCAAUUUUUGUUUCAAAGAUUCCAACAAACAAUGGUGGUUUCCUUGAUGUUAGAGAUAUGAGACACCCUUGCAUCUAUUCGAAAGCCGGGGAUGACUUUAUUCCAAAUGAUCUUUCAUUAAAUGUUGAAAACUCCCCACCAUCAAUCUUAGUUCUCACAGGUCCAAAUAUGGGUGGUAAAAGUACCUUAUUACGUCAAGCAUGUAUUUUGGUUAUUAUGGCUCAAAUGGGUUGUUUUGUCUCUGCAUCAAGUUGUGAAAUGUCAAUAGUAGAUCGUAUUUUCACUCGUUUGGGUGCCAACGAUAAUAUUUUAGCUGGCCAGUCAACAUUUAUGGUAGAGCUUCAAGAAACUUGCUCAGUACUCAAAUAUGCCACCAAUCGAUCAUUAGUUAUUCUUGAUGAACUAGGAAGAGGAACCAGUACAUUCGAUGGCUAUUCAAUUGCUUACUCUGUUUUAAAUUAUAUCACUAAAAACUUAAAAUCCCUUUGUAUUUUUGCAACCCAUUACCAGUCUCUAGCUAUGGAGCCAUCAAUUCGUAAUGAAAUCUCCACAGGAUAUAUGACUUGUCAAGUAGACGAAGAAGAGAAAAGAGUAAUUUUCCUUUACAAAUUAGCAAAGGGUAUUUGCCAAAAAUCAUAUGGUUUACAUGUUGCUGCAAUGGCUGGUUUACCAAAAGAAAUUGUUGCCAAAGCUGAAAAGAAAUCUGAACAAAUGGAAAAAGAAUCAGUUUUAGUCUCCUAUAUCCACGGUACAAUUCACAGAUCCGAAAUGGUUAAAAAGAUUAUUACAGCUUUCAAGAAUAAAGACCACAGUGAUUUAAAAAUUUUAUCAGAUACUUUAAAAAAACUUGAUUUAAAUAAUAACAUCCCAGACCAAUAAUUUUAAUCAGCAACAAUGUUAAUAAUAAUCAAAAUUAAUUAAUGGAUUUUUAAAUUAGAUCAUUAAUUAUAUAUUUAAAUAACCUUUAAUAAAAAAUAAAAUAAUAUUUUUGUACAUAAAUUU